AUGGGGAGCACAGUGGAGGAGAAAGUGGUGGCUGUGAUCAUGGUCGGUGGUCCAACCAAAGGUACUCGAUUUAGACCAUUGUCCCUGAAUAUUCCAAAGCCUCUGUUUCCUAUUGCCGGACAGCCAAUGGUGCAUCACCCUAUCUCAGCUUGCAAAAAGAUUCCAAACUUAGCUCAAAUCUAUCUUGUUGGUUUCUAUGAGGAAAGGGAAUUCGCACUUUAUGUCUCUGCCAUCUCCAAUGAACUCAAAGUUCCUGUCAGAUAUCUACGAGAAGACAAGUCACAUGGUUCAGCUGGUGGGCUAUAUCACUUUAGAAAUCUAAUCAUGGAAGAUGACCCGUCUCAUAUCUUUCUGCUUAACUGUGAUGUUUGCUGCAGUUUCCCCUUACCUGAAAUGCUCGAUGCUCAUAGGAAAUAUGGUGGAAUUGGAACUCUUCUUGUGAUCAAGGUCUCUCCUGAAUCAGCAAACCAAUUUGGAGAAUUGGUUGCAGAUCCAGUUACCAAUGAGCUGCUUCAUUACACCGAGAAACCUGAAACUUUUGUCAGUGACCGUAUUAACUGCGGUGUUUAUGUAUUUACACCUGACAUUUUUACUGCCAUAGGAGAUGUUUCCUCUCAAAGGAAAGAUACAGCAACUCUGAGACGUGUUUCCAGCUUUGAAGCUCUUCAACCGGCAACAAGGAUCCCGGCAGAUUUUGUAAGACUGGAUCAAGACAUCCUUUCACCUCUAGCUGGAAAGAAACAGCUAUAUACAUAUGAGACUUUGGAUUUCUGGGAGCAGAUCAAAUCUCCUGGAAUGUCACUGAGGUGCUCAGGACUCUACCUUUCCCAGUUCCGGUUGACUUCUCCCCAAGUGUUGGCUAGUGGUGAUGGAACAAAGACUGCCAUAGUGAUUGGUGAUGUCUACAUACACCCUUCUGCAAAAAUACACCCAACUGCAAAGAUUGGUCCCAACGUCUCAGUCUCUGCAAAUGCUCGUGUUGGGCCUGGUGUCAGGCUUAUCAGCUGUAUCAUCCUUGACAACGUUGAGAUCAUGGAAAAUGCAGUGGUGACUAACGCAAUUGUUGGAUGGAAAUCUUCUAUAGGGAGAUGGUCUCGUGUCCAGGCUGAGGGAGUCUACAACUCCAAGCUUGGAGUUACUAUUCUCGGAGACUCGGUUUCAGUCGAAGACGAGGUUGUGGUGACCAGCAGUAUUGUUCUUCCAAACAAGACACUCAACGUCAGUGUUCAAGACGAGAUCAUCUUAUAA